UACUAUACGAUUUUUAUAUACUCCAAGAAAAGCAAACAGAUAGGAUUGGAGUAUAAAUCUCAUCCAAAUUGCGUGCUGCGGCCGGCCGUCUCUGCUUUCAAUUUCAUCUCCUCCCACACUUCUUCGCUACACAGAGAGAGAGAGAGAGAGAGAGAGAGAGGAACUACUCCAAUUUUGAGGAGAGAGAGAGUAUAUUAUGUAAUGCAUCAGAAGAAAUCCGAACUUCAGAUCGGAACAGAAAGCACCGGCGAUUUUGAGGAGAGAGAGAGAGUAUUAUGUAAUGCAUCAGAAGAAAUCCGAACUUCAGAUCGGAACAGAAAGCACCGGCGUCUCUUCCGAUUUCAACCCCACACCCCGCCACAAGCACCACCCCCAACAACAACAAUCCCCCAAAUCCCAAUUCUCUCCUCAUCUCAAUUCUCUCUCCAAUUUCGGCACGAACCCGCAAAAAAUCUUAAUCGACCCAAGUUCGUCACACCCCCAAAACGACGACCCAAUCGCUCCCCCACCCAAACCAACCCCUCACAAGCGUCCCCUCAUAACCCACCCAAACCCUAAACCUAAUCCUCUCUCUAAAUCCCCCACUCUGUCUAAUUCCCUUCACCAGUACCCAUUCAAAAGCCACGACACCUUCAAACUCCCGGCGAAAAGACCCGCCGCCGUCGACAAUAUCCUCCGCCGCCUCCGUCGCGUGCGCAUUCACCUCCGUUGCGUCCUCUUGCUAUCCCUCCCGUUCUUCUACUUCCUCGUUUCGCACCCCCGCCGCUCGUUCCUGCUCGACUCUCUCGCCGCCUUCGCCUUUGCGGCCGCCCUCUUGUUUUCGCUCAACCUCGCGCUCCCCCGCCUCCCCUCGAUUCGAUUAUUACUUGCCCAAUCGCUCCCGAACAAGCUCAGGUCGAAAACCCGAGUGUCUAGACCGCUUUUGCCGGUGUUUUGGUCGAUUGGGUCGGGGCGAAAAGCGGAAAAAAUAGCCGGUUCGGGGUGUUGGGUUCAGGUUUAUAGCAAUGGGGAUGUGUAUGAAGGGGAGUUUCAUAAAGGGAAGUGUUCGGGUAGUGGGGUUUACUACUAUUACAUGAGUGGGAGGUAUGAGGGGGAUUGGGUUGACGGGAAGUAUGAUGGGUAUGGGGUCGAGACUUGGGCUAGAGGAAGUAGGUAUAGGGGGCAGUACAGGCAAGGGCUUAGGCAUGGUUUUGGAGUGUAUAGGUUUUAUACCGGAGACGUUUAUGGUGGGGAAUGGUCAAAUGGGCAGAGUCAUGGCUGUGGGAUUCAUACUUGCGAUGAUGGUAGCAGGUAUGUUGGGGAAUUCAAGUGGGGUGUCAAGCAUGGGCUUGGGCACUAUCAUUUCAGGAAUGGGGACGUUUAUGCUGGAGAAUACUUUGCAGACAAGAUGCAUGGUUUUGGAAUGUAUCGUUUCGCAAGUGGGCAUCGGUAUGAAGGAGCUUGGCAUGAGGGCAAAAGGCAAGGGCUUGGAAUGUACACUUUCAGAGAUGGCGAGACCCAAUCUGGGCAUUGGAAUAAUGGGAUUCUUGAUGUUCCAAGCACUCAGAACACCACCUAUCCUGUAUCUCCUGUCGCAGUGUAUCAUUCCAGAGUACUGAACACUGUCCAGGAAGUUAGACGAGCAGCUGAGAAAGCCUACAAUGUGGCAAAGGUGGAUGAAAGAGUGAACAGAGCAGUAGCAGCAGCUAACCGGGCUGCAAAUGCAGCUAGAGUAGCGGCAGUGAAGGCUGUCCAAAACCAAUUGCGAUAAAAUGGUGAGAGUGACAAUGUGCAUACUAAAAUGUCAGACUGCCGUAACCACAAGGCACAUACACACCACUAUUCCCUGUUGCAUUUUCCUUUUUGCUUGAGAAGAUGUAAUAUGAGGUGCCUUUUCCAGUUGGAGAAAAUGGCUGAAUGAAUAACUAGUUCUUUUUGCUCUAACUUAGCUUUCUUGUAAGGUUCAGUUCAGUUGUAAAUCCAUGUAAUAAUAUGAACAGAUGUGGUGACAAUACAAUAGCUAUGCUGUAAUUACAACGCGUUAGGUAACUUUAGAUUCUAA